AUGACGACUGCGGGUCCUGGGACGUCUCCCUCGCCGAGAACACGGUUUCACCGCUCUGGGCUCCACCGUGCCCUUCAGUGGGCUGUUGUAUCCAGCUGGAACCGGCUGUGUCCGUCUGGAACCGGCUGUGUUCGGCUGUGCCUGGCUGUGUCCGUCUGGAACCGGCUGUGUCCAGCUGUGCCUGGCUGUGUCCAGCUGGAACCGGCUGUGUCUGGCUGGAACCUGCUGUGUCCGGCUGGAACCGGCUGUGUCCAGCUGUGCCUGGCUGUGUCCGUCUGGAACCGGCUGUGUCCGGCUGUGCCUGGCUUUGUCCAGCUGGAACCGGCUGUGUCUGGCUAUAACCGGCUGUGUCCAGCUGGAACCGGCUGUGUCCGGCUGGAACCGGCUGUGUCUGCCUGUGCCUGGCUGUGUCCGGCUGGAACCGGCUGUGUCAGCCCCGGCCUCCCCUCACAGAGCCGCCGCAGCCACUUUGAUACAUAA